UGUGGUUGUUGUAACUGUGGAGAAAGUACCCCAAGAUAUGUAAAAUCUUUCACUUUCUUGUGACUUUUAUUUGAUCAACUUUGGAACACAAAAAGGUGAGCCAAAAAGAAAAUCCCACACACACCCCCACGCUCACACACGCACACAAACACUACACACUAUACACGUUUGACUAUGCCGCCCAAAUCCUCCCCUUUAAAUUCUCUCCUCUUCCUUGAGCUCUUUCACACCCCUCCUUUUGCUUUGCCUAACAAAACACAGCAAAAGAGAAGCUCUCUCUCUCCCCUUACUCUCCCUCUCAAACUACAAAAAUGGGGUCGCCAGCUUUGAUCUUCCUCAAGCACAACAUUAUAUACCUAAAAGUUUUCAUCAUUUUUUUCUUAAGCUGUGUACCCAAUAGAACCAAUCUUUGUCCAAACCACUCUCUUGCCACCCUAAAGGUUCAACGUCCACCACGUUUAAAUUCCACCAAUAUUGUUUCAUCAUUGGAAACACUUGGUCUAGAUGGAUACUUUAGUUUUGAGAACAAUCACCAUGCAGCCAAGGACUUUGGCAACAUGUAUCAUUUCCUCCCAUCAGCAGUCCUACAUCCAAAAUCAGUGCAAGAUAUUUCCAACACAAUAAGGCAUAUUUACGAGAUGGGUUCUGCUUCAGAGCUAACAGUUGCUGCUAGAGGCCAUGGUCAUUCCACCCAAGGCCAAGCUCAAGCCCACCAAGGUGUAGUUAUCAACAUGGAAUCACUUCAGAGACUAGAAAUGCAAGUUCACACCGGAAAGAAGCCUUAUGUGGAUGUUUCAGGUGGUGAGUUGUGGAUAAAUAUUCUGCAUGAGACUCUUAAACAUGGGCUGGCUCCUAAAUCUUGGACAGAUUACCUUCAUCUUACUGUUGGGGGUACUCUAUCAAAUGCUGGAAUAAGUGGGCAGGCAUUCCAGCAUGGUCCACAGAUCAGCAACGUUUACCAGCUUGAGGUUGUCACAGGAAAGGGAGAAGUGGUUACCUGUUCUGAGAAGAAAAAUACUGACCUCUUCUAUGGUGUUCUUGGUGGGCUCGGACAGUUUGGCAUCAUCACCCGAGCUAGAAUUUCUCUUGGACCAGCACCAAAGAUGGUGAAAUGGAUUAGAGUGCUCUACUCAGAUUUCUCCAUAUUUACCAAAGAUCAAGAGCAAUUAAUAUCAUCUGAGAACUCCUUCGACUACAUUGAAGGAUUCACAAUAAUAAACAGAACUGGCCUUCUUAAUAACUGGAGAUCUUCGUUUAGGCCUAAGGAUCCAGUUCAAGCCAAUCAAUUCAGUUCAGAUGGAAGAACCCUAUACUGUCUUGAAGUGGUUAAACACUUCAACCCAGAUGAUACUAAAACUGUGAAUCAGAGUAUUGAGAACUUGUUGUCAAAGUUGAGUUAUAUUCCAUCCACGCUCUUCCUGUCAGAAGUUUCGUAUGUGGAAUUUCUGGAUAGAGUACAUGUGUCUGAGAAAAAGCUACAAGCAAAAGGCUUAUGGGAAAUUCCUCACCCAUGGCUGAAUCUUUUCGUACCUAAGAGCAGAAUUUCUGACUUUGCUGAGGAGAUCUUUGGCAAUAUCCUUACAGACACAAGCAAUGGUCCCAUACUCAUCUAUCCAGUCAACCAAUCCAAGUGGAACAAUAAAACAUCUUUAGUUACCCCAGAUGAAGAUGUUUUCUACCUAGUGGCAUUCUUAACCUCUGCAAUGCCAUCUUCCACAGGAACAGAUGGCUUAGCACACAUUUUAACACAAAACAAAAGGAUUUUAGACUUCUGUGCUACAGCUGAACUUGGAAUAAAGCAAUAUCUGCCCCACUACAAAACAGAAGAAGAGUGGCAAGCUCACUUUGGCCCUCGUUGGAAAGUAUUUGUACAAAGAAAGUCAGCCUAUGACCCUUUGGCAAUACUUGCUCCUGGACAGAGAAUCUUCCGAAAGGCAAUUCGCACCUCAUGAUGCAUUGAUGUUGGCCUCACAAAUGAGCCACAAAGUAUAGAAAGGGCCUCAAAAUUGUAAAUUGCAACAGUUUAUUGUACACGUUUUUGGCUCUCUAUAACAAUUGUAAGCAUAACAAGAAGGCUGUACUGCUGUAGCCAUUUGAAAUCUCUGUUGACGACUA